CGAGAGGCUCGGCCAGGCGGGAGCUGCGCUCGGGGCGGCCGCUGCACCUGCCCGGGACCCCGCCGGCCGCUCCCCGCGCCCACCCCUUCCGCCCUUCGCCUCCCCCUUCCCCCCAGCCCCGGUCUCCCGGGCGCGGCGUGAGAGCAGAGCCCGGCCCGGAGGAGCCGCCCCUUCCCCGCCCGCCCGCCCGCCCGGCGCCUGGAGAGGAGCGCGCUGAGGAUCGGGUCGCCUGCGGCCGCCGCCACCGCCCAGGCCCGUCGCGCCCCGGCCGGGAUGGACCCACACGCCCGAUGAGCCCCGCGCCGGCGGCUGCGAGCGCGGAGUCUCCCCCUGCUGCGGCCCCCGCCGCCCCCCGAGCGCCCGGCCCCGCGGACCAGGACCCCUGGGCUCCCCGGCUGAGGGCGCGGCCGCUCCGGAGAGGCCGAGCGGGGACGGCCCCGAGAUGGCGCGGGGACCCAGCGCUUUGGCGGCGGGCGCCCUGCACGCGGCCCGGGCCCGGGGACAGCCCCGGAGCUGGUAGCCGCCCGGCACCGAUGGACCUUGACCCGCGAGGCGGCGCCGCGCUCGUGCCCAGCUGCAGCUAGAGGGGCGAGCGGGCAGAACGCGCUCCAGGCCCGGGCCGGCCCGCGCGGCCAUGAAGAUGAUCCUGGUGCGCCGGUUCCGCGUGCUCAUCCUGAUGGUGUUCCUGGUGGCCUGCGCGCUGCACAUCGCCCUGGACCUGCUGCCCAGGCUGGAGCGACGCGGCGCGCGGCCCUCGGGGGAGCCCGGCUGUUCGUGCGCGCAGCCCGCCGCCGAGGUGGCCGCGCCCGGCUGGGCCCAGGUUCGAGGCCGCCCCGGGGAGCCCCCGGCCGCCUCCUCCGCCGCCGGCGACGCGGGCUGGCCCAACAAGCACACGCUCCGCAUCCUGCAGGACUUCAGCUCCGACCCCUCCUCCAACCUCUCGUCCCACUCGCUGGAGAAACUGCCGCCGGCGGCCGAGCCGGCCGAGCGCGCCUUGCGGGGGCGGGAUCCCGGCGCCCUAAGACCCCACGACCCCGCGCACCGGCCGCUGCUGCGAGACCCCGGCCCGCGUCGGUCCGAGUCGCCCCCCGGCCCCGGCGGAGACGCCUCCCUCCUGGCCAGGCUGUUCGAGCACCCGCUUUAUCGGGUGGCGGUUCCGCCGCUCACGGAGGAAGACGUCCUGUUCAAUGUGAACAGCGACACCAGGCUCAGCCCCAAAGCGGCGGAGAACCCGGACUGGCCGCAUGCAGGUGCUGAAGGUGCAGAAUUCCUCUCCCCCGGGGAGGCGGCCGUGGACUCCUAUCCCAACUGGCUCAAGUUCCACAUUGGUAUCAACCGGUACGAGCUGUACUCCAGACACAACCCGGCCAUCGAGGCCCUGCUGCACGACCUCAGCUCCCAGAGGAUCACCAGCGUGGCCAUGAAGUCGGGGGGCACGCAGCUGAAGCUCAUCAUGACCUUCCAGAAUUACGGGCAAGCGCUGUUCAAACCCAUGAAACAAACGAGGGAGCAGGAGACGCCCCCUGACUUUUUUUAUUUCUCUGACUACGAGAGGCACAAUGCGGAGAUUGCUGCCUUCCACCUGGACAGGAUCCUGGACUUCCGCCGGGUCCCUCCCGUGGCCGGCAGGAUGGUCAACAUGACCAAGGAGAUCCGGGACGUCACACGGGACAAGAAGCUCUGGAGGACCUUCUUCAUCUCUCCAGCCAACAACAUCUGCUUCUACGGCGAGUGCUCCUACUACUGCUCCACGGAGCACGCCCUGUGCGGGAAGCCAGACCAGAUCGAGGGCUCGCUGGCGGCCUUCCUGCCCGACCUGUCCCUGGCCAAGAGGAAGACCUGGCGGAACCCUUGGCGGCGUUCCUACCACAAGCGCAAGAAGGCCGAGUGGGAGGUGGACCCUGACUACUGCGAGGAGGUGAAGCAGACACCGCCCUACGACAGCAGCCACCGCAUCCUGGACGUCAUGGACAUGACGAUCUUCGACUUCCUCAUGGGAAACAUGGACCGUCACCACUACGAGACUUUUGAGAAGUUUGGGAAUGAAACGUUCAUCAUCCACUUAGAUAAUGGAAGAGGGUUUGGGAAGUAUUCGCACGACGAGCUCUCCAUCCUGGUGCCGCUACAGCAGUGCUGCAGGAUCCGGAAGUCCACCUACCUGCGUCUGCAGCUGCUGGCCAAGGAGGAGUACAAGCUGAGCCUGCUGAUGGCCGAGUCUCUGCGGGGGGACCAGGUGGCACCCGUGCUGUACCAGCCGCACCUGGAGGCCCUGGACCGGCGGCUCCGCAUCGUGCUAAAGGCCAUCCGGGACUGCGUGGAGAGGGACGGGCUCCACAGUGUGGUGGAGGACGACCUGGACACUGAGCACAGAGCUGCCUCGGCGAGGUAGUGUCCGCCGGCCGCUGCGCUGCCCGGGACGGAGACAGAGGGGCCGGACCUCCCAGCAAGCGCAUGCGCCCGUCGUGAAUUCAGUGAAUUCAGAGGCAGGACGGGAUCAUCCGGAGUCGGGAGCUGCUGCCACAGGAGGCGAGGCUCCCCAGGUCUCAUAGGACACAUUUUGUCAGUGUUUGACCAGAAAAGCUUGGGAAGGAAGCGCUGUCUGUGCUCACGGACAGAGGCGGCCGGCGCCGGAGGCAUUCCAUCCUUUCUGUAGGGAAAGGAGCCUUUAUUUACUAUUUUGUAUUUAUAUAUGAUGAAUAAGUAUAUAAACAGAGACGUGUACACAGACGCCAAUCACCUACCAAACCAAACACGAGGACCGCCCUCCCUGGUUCUGGGGGCCCCUCAAGGCCAAGCUCACCCCUCAAGUGCUCUCACACUCGGGACCUAAUUCAAGUAAAAACCCUUUCUCCUUCCUGGGGCCUCGGCUCCUGGAGGGCUGGAGGGUCUCGUCUGAGGACGGGAGGAGGCUCUCGCUGGACGUCUGGCCUGUGCGCUGGUGGACGGAUGCCUACGUGGUUUUGGAGGACCCGAUGACCAGGCGUCCUGCGAGUCCACCCGCUGGCCUGCAGCGCCCACCUCGGACUUGGCUGUGGACGGUUGGUGCAAGUGCAUCCUGCAGGGCUGGCUGUGCGCAGCUGUGGGCUGACCUUUGCAGAGUUUUGUGGAAUAGUUUGCAAUGUGAUAAAAGUGCAAUAAAGGUACAGCAGAUGUG